AUGUUUUUGUGGGACUGGUUUACUGGCGUGCUGAAGGGCCUCGGCCUCAUGAACAAAUCUGGAAAAUUGAUGUUCCUCGGACUCGACAACGCCGGUAAAACCACCUUGCUUCACAUGUUGAAAGACGACCGCAUGGGAAUCCACGAGCCAACACUGCAUCCUACUUCUGAAACGCUUUCCAUGGGUGGAAUGAAAUUCACGACUUUCGAUUUGGGCGGUCACGAGCAGGCCCGCCGAGUGUGGAAAGAAUACUUCCCAGCCGUCGACGGAAUCGUCUUCAUGAUCGACUGCGCCGACCAAGAACGUCUCUACGAAUCCAAGGCUGAGUUGGACCAGCUUCUGACAGACGAGCAAGUGGCGAACGUUCCCGUCCUCAUUCUUGGCAACAAAAUCGACAAGCCGGGCGCUUGCUCCGAAGAACAGCUGCGACACUUUUUCCAAAUGGCGACCACGGGGAAGAACGCGCCGAGAAUAGACGAAUUGAACACGCGCCCGAUCGAGCUCUUCAUGUGCUCGGUGCUGAAGAAGCAGGGCUACGGCGAGGGCUUCCGCUGGUUGGCCAACUACAUCAACUAG